AUGUCAUUCCCCCACCCUCUGCACAUUCUCCGUCAACGAUACUACACAGCCCUCCAUCAAUUCACUACAGGCCCCAAAUCCUUUGAAAUUCUUGACACCAUCGCACCUCAGGUGGCCUCUCCGCCCAGGACAACCACGCUCCACGUGCUAGACUCGUCAUUCAAUCCACCUACCCGCGCACAUCUACGCAUUGUGAAGUCUGCCCUCCUCUCCCACCGCAACUCUGACUCCUCAGCCGUCCGACUACUUCUACUACUAGCAACACAAAAUGCAGACAAGCCGUCUAAGCCAGCAUUAUUUGAAGACCGCUUGGUCAUGAUGAAUCUCUUCGCCCAAGACCUGCAGGAUGCGAUUAUAUCCAAUAGGUGCCCUCCCGCCCUUGCAGGUGAGGCAGAUGCCGCAGCUCCAACCAUUGAUAUCGGUGUUACCAAAGAGCCAUAUUUUAUUGAUAAGGCGGCUGCCAUAUCUUCUUCUGGAAUGUAUCCAAGUGACUUAGAACAAGUCCAUCUCACUGGAUAUGAUACCCUGGUCCGAAUUUUUGACCCAAAGUAUUAUCCACCCAAACAUACAUUGGACCCACUGGCACCAUUCCUUGAGAAUCAUCGUUUACGAGUGUCGCUAAGACCGGACGAUAGCUGGGGUGACGGGGAUGAGCAAACGAAGUUCUUGCCGGAUUUGGCUGGGGGAAAGAUGGAGAAGAUCGGUGGUAGAAGGGAGUGGGCGAAGAGGAUCGAGGUUGUCGAAGGGAGAAAGAAUGGAGAAGAAUCCGUGAGCUCGACGAAGGCGCGGCAGGAGGCGGUUAACGGGAAUCGGAAGGCACUGGGUAAUUUGGUGACGGAUCGGGUGAUGAGUUGGAUGGCGGAGAAAGCUCUGUAUAGAAAUUAA